GUGAACUGAUGAAGUGCCUUAACUCUAAAUGUAAUGAGUCUUUAAGGGUUAAUAGCCGACCACGCCAAGAACGACGCGAAGUAAGAAAAGCCUAGGAUUACAUCUUGUCAUACAAUUUUGAACAGUUGCUAUAUGAAAUAUGAACGAGGAAGAAUGAACGGUCCAAACCAAACAUACUGAGCAGCAUGUGACUUUUUCAUCAUUCAUGAAGUCUCUCGCUCUCCUUGCUGAUUAAAAACUGUGAAUGGUGUGACGUAGAGGAACUACCUCACGAGAAAGCAGUAACUUCGUAGAUAGAGAGAGAGAGGGUGUAGCUCCAGAGGGUGAGAGCAGUUCCCAGCUCGAGGCUUCUCUCCGCAUAGGUUACUGUUGCCUACGCGAAGCGCCGUUGUGUAGCCUAUUCGCUGUCAAGCGUUAACUAGGUGCUCUGGACUUGAUAUCUGAUACAGACACAACACUGCUUUGUAGAGGGGCUCUGUUUGCCUUAUAUGUGCAGUGCAUGUCAUUUUUGUGUGUUAAGUGCAUUACGAGGGCUUAAGCUUUCUCUUCCGUCUUUCUGAAGAAGCUAGGCUACAAAUGUCAGAGGAAUGGUAUAGAAACAAGGAGAAUCGGUGUGGCUAAAUUUAGAAAAAUCUUGGAAGAUAAUCGUCGAUGGAAGAAUCCAAGUGAAAACACAUUUCCUUAUCCUGGCUAAAUGCGAGUUCCAUUUUAACGCGGAUACACUGAACUUGCUACUUUCCCAAGGAUCUGAAAGGGGCGUAGCAUUAACCAACAAGCCAUCCUGGUAGCUACAGUAUCUUAACGGCAGUGGUGCACGUUUCGUCUGCACCAUGAAAUCACACUCUUUGAAUAUAACGUAUCUCGGUUGGAAAAUGCAUUUGGCGUAACAAUUAUUGAAACAACUGAUUUUGCCGAGCCCUUUUAAAACCGUAAUGGCAAACGAGAUUGGUUUCCAUAAUCGGAGUAUAGUGGAAAAAUAUAUUAGUCACAAACUCUUGAAAAGGGGCUAUGUGUGGGAAUUCCAUUUGACCGAAGAAACGGAUUCUCCAAAUAAUAGCUUAGUGGAUUCUUCAGACUCCUCGCCCGUUUUGGCACGGAGGGCACAGACAGCUGCUUCCCCCGUCUUCAACCGGAUUCCCCAACCGGACCCGCACGCUGCGCUUCACAGGGUUUUGCGAGAAGCGGGCAACGAAAUUGAAAGGAUGUAUCAACGAGACUUUGCAGAGAUGUCACAGCAGCUGCAUUUCACACCUAACACCGCACAAAGGAGAUUUACGUCGGUUAUUGAAGAGCUGUUCCGGGAUGGGGUCAAUUGGGGUCGAAUUGUUGCCUUCUUCGAGUUCGGAGGGACGAUGUGCGUUGAAAGUAUGAACCGAGAGAUGUCGGCCCAAGUCGAUAAUAUUGCGAGCUGGAUGACGGAGUACCUAAAUGGGCCGCUGCAGAACUGGAUCCAGGAGAAUGGCGGUUGGUGUACGUGCCAUACAGCCAAAGACACAUCUUCCUUGAGAGACUGACUGAGGCGCUCUUGCCUUAAACACAGUGAUGGGGCUCGCACCCAAGCCACAAGGAUGCUGAGGUUCUGCUGUGGUCUUGCAUUCGUCUGUGAUGGCGGCUCUGUCUCGCUAGGGUGGAGCAAGCGGGGGCUGCCUACACACAUGGUGGGAUCUGAGACACUCUUGGUGGAGUUCCCAUUGAAGGCCAUUCCUGUGGAACUUUUUUGGAUGAAUCGGCAAGCCGGGGAUGGAAAACAAGCCAGCGUGGGCCUUGAGACCUGAAAUAGGCUGAAGGCUUAGCACAGGGUUUCAUGUUUAGCAUGGUGCUACAGGUUUAGCACAGGGCUUCAGGUUUAGCAUGGAGCUACAGGCCUAGCACGAGGCUACAGGCUUACCAUGGAGCUACAGGCUUAGUGUAGGGCUAUAGGUUUGACAUAGAGCUACAGGUUUAGCAUGGAGUUCAGCAAAGGGCUACAUAUUUAGCAUGGAGCUACAGGUUUAGCAUAGAGUUUAGCAAAGGGCUACAGGUUUUGCAUUUAGCUUCAGAUUUAGCAACGGGCUACAGGUUUUGCAUUGAGCUACAGGUUUAGCAAAGGGCUACAGGCUUAGCAUGGAGCCACAGGUUUUGCAUGGGGCUGCUGGUUUAGCCACAAGGCUUUUGUGAAUGUAGAUGCUUUGUUACUGGUACCAAUUAUUGAGGAGUUAUAAGGAAUCUUUUUGUGUUGUUACUGGUAACACUUCUCUGUACUCCCUACCCAAUGUCCUGGGCUCGCCUAAGAGCUUUCUCUGUCAUGGUAAGGCAUCAAACUGGUUGGCCGUGGCAGCAAUGCACAGUGACUUCUGGGUAGUGUUUUCCCCUCUGCAGUAUGAUGAAGGGAGCUGAUACUGCAGUUUAGAUUGUGUUAUUACUGCCAGCUAUUAUUAGGACAGCAGAUUGAGGACCAGCAUCCUGCCCAGAGCGCAACCUAUGGGUUCAGAGACGUCAUACCGGUGGCACCGUCCAGGGGGGGCGGCGGCGGCCGAACGCGAUUGUUCCACGGAUGAAGGGGAAUGACGUGAACUUCCUGCCCCGCUGCCCGCCACGUUCCGCCCUUUCCAGGCAACGCGCUGGUUCUGUCCCAGCAUUCACAUCGUCCCCCAGCCUUAAUGGAUUCCUCCCCAGGGACGAAGCCCAUUUAUCGGAUUCUGCUGUUAUUUAUAGCUGCGGCCUUUUUCCCCCCCUCUCACUUCCUCCGGGAGCUGGCAAGUGGCGCGCGUUGCCUCUGACCUUUAACGAUGACUGGCACGUUGGCGCUGCGCCAGCCAAUUCGGGAAAUCACUGUCGGAAAUGGGUCGGCCGUUUCAGAUGACUGUGACAGGCCCUCGUCAAAUCCGUCAAAACUGCGUUUUAAGAAUCGCGAGGGCGCGUGUGAUCUGAGGUUUUAAAGUGGCGUCACGUCCAAGACUUCGCGGAUAUUUUCAUUAUUUAUGCAUUCCAGUUUGCGAGUAAAAGAAAACUUGCCGUAAAUAUUUCAUGUGUUAGAUGCAACCCUGUCUUACUUAAUUGUAGAAUUGACUUUAAUUGAAUGUACGAGUUUCAGUGAUAAGGAUGGAUGUAUCCGAGAUGUUUCACAUUGUUUAAUUAUUUAUGAAUGUCACUGACAAAUCCCUUAAGAUUCAAAUCAUGGGUAAAAUGUCUCAGGAGAGCCUCCUUUCGAUUCAUGGAAGUGCUGCAUCAGUUCUCCAACGCUAAAAGAUUAAUGCAGAAACUAUCUCUCAUGAAUAUAAAUGAAUUCCUUGGGUCCAGCAUCUCCAUAGAUUAUAGUAACAGUAGUAGUAUUGGUAGUAGUUUUUAUUAGCCAGAUGUUCUUGUCCAAAGCAGAGUUUUAGGUGUAUGAUUGUACAGCCAUGCAGAUAAACCAGCACAGAGCUACAUGAAUCCAAGAAUGAUGGCCUUAAGGUGAGGAGAACAGUAGGUUGUGAGAAAUGGACUCUCCCAAUGUUUUUAGGAAUGACCUGAAAGAUCUGGAAAGCAAUGACUAAUGAUAAGAUUUGUGUGUAGCUCCAUCCUUCUUGGUCAUAUUUAAAAAUAACAAUAAUAAAUAAAUAAAAAAUAAAUACAUAGGUGUAGUUGGCCCAAUCUACUUAGAAGUUCAGAAGGGGCGGUGCCAUUCCCAGCCAACCAACUACCCCCCACCUAAAGUACCAAAGCCUUUUGUUUUCCGUGGCAUGACGGGAGUUUAUAAAAUCAGUACAUAAAGCAGGGUAUUGAAUAAUUGAAAGGUUCGCUCAAGUCACAAAAGGGGUGGUGCUUUAAUAGGGCGAGCUGGCAUUGUAUUUCAAAGAGGGGCCGCGGCGACAGAGCCAGCGCGUGACAACUGCCCUGGCGUGGCUCCCCGUGCACGGGAGCCAGCGAAAUAAAUAAAUAAAUAAAACAAAGGCUUCCCAGCGACCCGAGCCGUCACCCGCGGCAGCCUGACCUAGGGUCCUCCGAAGAUUUAUCUGUCAGGAAAGCCGCCCUUAACGAAGAUAUCCGCAGCAAUGUCAGCGUUGGUGACAGCCCCGGAUGAUUUAUCAGAUAUCGUUUUGCAGGCGCAUAAAAACGUAUCCCUCGGGUGCAUCCUGUUUGCUGCGCGGCGCCGCUGGCGCUUGUUUGAAUGCUUCGAAAGGAGAGGGGGGGGGGAGGGGGGCCCGUGCGAGCCGUUAUGUUCUUCUCCCCCCUUCGGGUGACUCGGGCAGCCACACGCGGGGCUGUCUGCUCCCCCGACGCUGCUCUGUAAACGGAGAGGCGCCUCUCACCCAAAUAUUAUCGCGCGCAUUAAGAUGCUUUACAGUCGUCUGAGUUCUGCGCCAAGUAUAACAGCCGCGUGAGGACCGGCAGCCGCUCUCCGAGGGAGAGGAAGGCCAUGUGAACGCGGGAUAUCUUACACGCACAGCACCAGCCGGGCUACAGCAUGAAUAAUGUAUAGCGUUCCUGUGCAGCGGCGUGAGGUCCAUGUGUGAGCACUCGAAUUCGUUUGACAUCUUUUAUCUACAUCCGUUUAAAGGGCGCAGAUUUUGACUGAAGAAUGAAGCGCUGCACUUUCCAUGUUUUAAAAAUUUCGCUGAGAGCACAGUUUCUACGUUGUGUGAUCGCAGGAAGGCUGGCUGUCUCAUUGCGAGGAAGGCCUUCCAUAAAUAUUUUUCUUCUCUCUGUUUUUUUUUUUGCUUGGCACUCUCAUUGAAUCAAUGGUGGUGGAUGGGAAGGUGAUGCCUUUCAAGGACACUCUUUCUCUGUUGACCUGCACAUUUUAAAUGCAUCGACCAGCACAGAAAGAGCUUCUGUAAUCAGUUUCUUAGACGCAAAUCCAUAGACUAAUCUCUGCAGUCAAUCUGGCUGACCUUGACCAUAGACUAAAGGUCAGCAGUGUAUGUCUGACGUAUUUGCUAGAUUUGUUUCUUCCUGUUUGUGAAGGGAAAAAAGGAUGCCUGGCAAUGUUGUGGUUGGCUGACGCAUCUGUGAUGUCACAGUGCUGAUUGCACAGUAGCUUUUAUGAUGUCACAGUCAGCAGGGAGUUUCGACAGUGUUCUGUACUGUUCUGAAAGCUGAUAAGGGAGUGAGGAGCAAGGCCUGUGAAUUGCACUCCAGGGUCACGCUACAGAUCAAACUUCAAACCGCCGCCUGGCCAUUGUGUUGCAUUCCUCUUUCCAUCUCUCAGGAAACCGACACAAAACCAUGCAUGCACCUGGGGUACAGUAUGUAAUGUAAUCAUGAUGGUUUGCUAAGAUUUUCACAAUACAGAUGUAAAACAAUAAAAUGUUUUUUUAUGUCUAAUGGCUAAGAGCCUUGUUAAUAAUAUGAAGCGUAAAUAUGAUAUAAGUAUAACAUGAAGUCAAGGAGACUGGCACAUAAGCAAACCAUAACCAGUUGUGUGACUGAGAGUACAGUAGAUAAUGGCUUCUUGGCUCCAUUUUUAAUUGAGGGAGGUGAGCCAUGUGCCUAGAGGCCAUUGUUAUCACAGUGAGAGUGAUCUUACCCUCACAGUCUUUGAGUAGAGGCCUGCUGUGGGUAUUUCCUAAGUUCAGCAGUAGGUCAGUCUCUCUAUUUUUUUCACCUUGUCUUUAUUCUGUAACCAGAGGGCUUGAUUAAUGGCCCAUUCCUCUCUUUUAUUUAACCGGCAUCGUGAAAUCCCCUGUCUUGAGAGCUCUCACCCUGAAGAGGGACCGGGAGGUGUCACAGAACAAAGGAUUCUGGGAUAAAGGUGGGGUGUGACCGGGUGGAGGCGCUUUGCGGGGGAAGGCGGGUGGUGGACACGGCCAUGAUUUAAGUGCUGAGUGACUUCAGCCUACACCUCGCUUCAGCUUCCAAAUGAGCAGCUCAGCUUGCACUGAGACACAUUUCAGGAGCCACCACACAACGGCAUUUACACAGGGUGCAAAGGUCAGGACAACAGAAAACUGUCUGCUAUGCAGCCUACUAACAGGAUGAUCCCAAUAAGUCAAGUUCUCACCAGGUUUUAGUUGUGUGUGCUCAUCAUGUGAUACAUCACAUAUUCAGUGAUUCAACAAAGCUUGUCAAAUACUGACAAGUAUUUUGAAGAAUACUGGUUUCUUCAAAAUAAUUCUUUUAUAGCCAUCAAAUAAAUGAGUAUGAAUGAAUGAAUUGUUGGCUUUAAUGACAAAAAGGUAAUUGUGUGAAUGAAGACUAGUUUUUUUUUUCUCCUUAAUCUCGCAAGUAUGCAAUCAAAACAUACCACUCUUAAAUAUGCUGGAAUUUUUUUCACUUUUUAUUACUGUGUUCUGUAAAUAUCUCUUGAGAUGAUUAAAAUGCAAAUAAUCUGUCUGCCAUCACAAAGGAAAUAGUUAAUACCCUCUGCCCCUAACAGUGAAAACGUACCAACCACUAGAAGAAUUUGCCGUACAUUAAAUAUUGUUUGAUAUAUUUUUUUGUUGUUGCUGUUGCUUGUAUAAACCAAGGAAUACUUAUCAGAAGCAGUGAAAACCUCUGAGCCAAUGAAAGUGUGCUAAGAAACACUACUGGACACAGACAAAUUCAUCUCAGUGGGUGAUGAGUAAAAAAAAAAAAAAGCUAAUCUUGUUGCAGUCCGGUCAAGCUAAAAUUGUGUGCGGGAA